AUGCAGAAGCUGCAGGUCUGUGUGUCCAUCUACCUGUUCGUGCUGAUCGUGGCAGGGCCCGUGGACCCGAGCGAGAACGGCGAGCAGCCGGGCGAGGUGGGGCGAGAGGCCCCGCCGUGCAACGCGUGCGCCUGGAGGCAGAACACCAAGUCGUCCCGGAUCGAGGCCAUCAAGAUCCAGAUCCUCAGCAAGCUGCGCCUGGAGGCGGCUCCCAACAUCAGCAAGGAGGCCGUCCGGCAGCUGCUGCCCCGCGCGCCGCCGCUGCGCGAGCUCAUCGACCAGGACGACGUGCAGCGGGACGGCGGCGGCGAGGGCUCCCUGGAGGACGACGACUACCACGCCACCACCGAGACCGUCAUCGCCAUGCCCAGCGCGCCUGAUCUCCUGACGCAAGUGGAAGGAAAACCCAAGUGCUGCUUCUUUAAGUUCAGCUCCAAAAUCCAGUUCAACAAAGUGGUCAAGGCCCAGCUGUGGAUCUACCUGCGGCCCGUCAGGACGCCCACGACCGUGUUCGUGCAGAUCCUGAGGCUCGUCAAGCCCAUGAAAGACGGGACGAGGUUCACGGGAAUCCGAUCCCUGAAACUCGACAUGAGCCCGGGCGCCGGCAUUUGGCAGAGCAUCGAUGUGAAGACCGUGUUGCAAAACUGGCUCAAACAGCCCGAAUCCAACCUGGGCAUUGAAAUCAAAGCUUUAGACGAGAACGGCCGUGAUCUCGCGGUGACCUUCCCGGGACCCGGCGAGGAUGGGCUGAACCCCUUCCUGGAGGUCAAGGUGGCAGACACACCCAAGAGAUCCAGGAGAGAUUUUGGCCUCGACUGUGACGAGCACUCGACCGAGUCGCGCUGCUGCCGCUACCCGCUGACGGUGGACUUCGAGGCCUUCGGCUGGGACUGGAUCAUCGCCCCCAAACGAUACAAGGCCAACUACUGCUCCGGGGAGUGCGAGUUCGUCUUCCUGCAGAAGUACCCUCACACUCACCUAGUGCACCAAGCAAACCCGCGGGGCUCGGCGGGUCCCUGCUGCACCCCCACCAAGGUGUCCCCCAUCAACAUGCUGUACUUCAACGGCAAAGAGCAGAUCAUCUACGGGAAGAUCCCUGCCAUGGUGGUGGACCGCUGCGGGUGCUCAUGAGACCGGCAUCGGUUUGUAGCUUCCUCAAACGUGGGAGGCCUCCCCCUCAGCUAUUCUGAAGCUGUGAAUUAUGUGCCUCAGGCUCUAAGCCUACAGCAUGCUACCGUCACAUAAGCACACACGACAGGACAUGAACUAAAAGCGAGCAUAUAUGCAAUGAUUGGCAUUUAACCAUCAAAACAAAUCGCACACUAGAAAGCUCUAUGAGUCCCGGAGUUUUGAACUAGGAGGUCAGAUUACACGUAGGUUCAUACAUGCAGCAUGACACACGUAGGCAGCUAGCUGCGAGGAGCUCCCCUUGCGUCCUAGCGGAUGGAAGGAGAGCUGUGAUUCAUCCUCUAGAGUUGCAUUUAGCAUCUACACAAGCUCGAUAGGUAGGAUUGGGAAGCGAGCGCUGUUGUGUUCUAUUGUUUAAAUCGGCCUUCCACACUUGAACUUACAUUGUCUGAUAGAAUGCUUGGUAAGAAGAAAUUCCACAAAAACAGGGAUGGGACACACUAUGCAAGCCCUACGCCUGUGUUCAUUGGUUCGUACAUAACAAUCCAUGCCAUGGUGCUAAUACAGCAGACUGAGCGGCCAUGCAUCAGGUUAGCAGAACAAACCUCAGCAAGAUGAAGAGCUAGUCCUUUCUGCAGGCACACGUCCCUAGACCUCCCCGUGGGGAAUGCAUUUCCUUUAGGACAAGAAGAGCUGUUUUUGUAGUAUGCUUGGAGAAACUGAUUUGUCUUAAAAGGUAGCCAGGAAGUAUUCAUUUCUAUCACAAUUUCCAAAUUCCAAAAAUUUACAGCGUGCCUUUGCAACACUGCAGUUUUUAUGAUAAAGUAAUAAAAAUGACAGAUCCUAUCAAUAUUGUAUAAAAGACUUUGAAACAACUGCAUUUAUAUAAUGUGUAUACAAUUUUUUUGUGUGUGUAAAUAAGUGUCUCCUUUUUUAUCUACUUUGGUAUAUUUUUACAGUAAGGACAUUUCAAAUUAAGUAUGAAGGCACAAAGACAUGUCUCAUCUGACAGAAAUGCAACUGCUUAUAUUAUACUUCAGAUAAAUUAGCAAAUAAAAUAGUGGUCUUAAAACUCACAUGCUAAUGGUUAGAUGGUUACAUUACAAUCAUUUUCUAUUUUUUUACAUUACAAACAUUCACUUAUGGAUUGAUGAGGGCUGUAAAAUAUGAAUGUGAAAUUUCCACAGUUUACUUGUCAUUGCACUCAAAUCUCAACGUUCCAUUAUUUUAAUACUUAUAAAUAUCACUGAGCAUACCAAAAUGACUUCAUCCUGUCAUCUGAAAUACAGAAUAAUAAGCUGAUGAUCUUAAUAAGAACUGUUAAUUUUGUAAUUCAAUAAUGAAUAUAUUUCUGCAUAUAUUUACUUCUGUUUUGUAAAUUAGCAUUUUGUUCAUCAAAUUCAUUGUACUUAUGAUUAAGUGAAAUUAUUUCUUACAUGUAAUGUGUAGAAACAAUAUAAAUUAUAUUAAAGUGUUUUCACCUUUUCUG